CCUGGACAUUCGGAUUUACACACAGGCACACUAAUCUAAUCACGCCCGGUCCCUCGUUUUCUACCCCAAUGUAACAUCUGUACGUGUAAGUCGACGAAGGAAAGGGGUCAUCUUUUGUCUUUAAUCUAAUGGCUUCGUUGAAGUAAGUCUUACUAAUAUCCUUUUCAUUAUGAUCCAAGAUGUGCAGUCUUGUACUUUCACGUUCAUACGCCUAACCACCAUUUUCCUUGUACCGGUAGCUAACACUAUAGAGACUGACGAAACGAAUUCCGUAAGAAAGAGUGGGUGAGCUGGAGAUAGGGUAGGGGAACUGGUGUAGGGGGUUUAACGAGUUAUUUAGUUCUCGAGACUUUCCGGUAUCGAGUACUCCGCUUGAGCGCGUGUGCCUGAAACCAGUCCACCCAUAUAAGACAGAAUGAAGACGUUUACUUCGUGUAUAUUUGUAUUGUUCCAUUCAGUUAACUGAUGUAUUUGCCCAAAGUUUUAUCGCUUUCGACACACUCACUACCUUUUUUUAACAAGAAAGGAAAAGGACAUCGUCUAGUCUUCGUCAGUUAGGAGGUUUUCACUAUGGCCAUUACAAAAAUUUUGCUUGUUACUCUACUAGGUGGCGUUGCUUGUUUAGUUUUCUUGCAGUUUUAUCUUGACGGUUGGAUUGGUUUUAGAAACAGCGCCAUCUAUAUAAAACAUGAUCAAACAUCUGUAAUAGAAAAUGAAAGUGAUGUCAAGACAACACUCCCGGAAAACAUUACUUCUGCCACCGUGGUCGCUAAAACUGACGAACAUUUGCAGUCUUUGGAUUCUUUUCGCACUCAUGACUUACAAGAUCACGGAUUAAACACUCUUUCUCUGAAAUCUGAUAUCAAAGUCACUGCUCAAAAUUCUCUCCCAAAGAAACAGAGCGAUGUUAAAAAGUUUAAUACUGACAUUUCAAGUUCCAAAAUCAACCGAAAUUCAGACGAGUUAAAAUCACAGCUGGGAAUUAAAGUUAGUAGUAAUAAGCAGUUGUUGGAUCGAUUGACAAAUAAUUCUAUUCAGCUAUCCAAAGUUAAUGAUAACAAAACUGGUCAAAUUUCGAACCAAAAACCAUUAAGUACUACAGAUCUGCUGACUCUUCACUCAGACACUACGGAAGAACGAAAGAGCCAAAGUUUUAACAAACAUUUUCAUUUAUCAAAUCUACAUCAAACUGAAGUUGGCUAUUCUUCGAUAAGACCGUCGAGCGAUGAACCCAGUAGGAAAUAUAUCAAUGAAACUCACAGUUCAGAUCUUAGAAUUAAAGAUACAAACCAACAGUCAAAUGUUAAAUCUACUAGAACAGGAAAAAUAUUCGAGGCAAAGCAGUUUAAAAAAACAUCCCAACAAUUAGGUACCCAAUCCAGUGAUUCUAGUCAAAAUGAACGAUUAAAGAAAACAAGUAAAUCAGAGGUCAGCCUACGAAGUAAUAAACCCUCAUCUACUGAAGUACUAAAGAAGUUAGAGCAAAUAGUUCGACAAACAGGAUCUGUCUUGAGCAAAGGAGCAUCACUAGCAAAUCAGUCCAACCUGUUUUUGAGCAAUUUACCCGAGAUAAGUCCUACGAAUGUGACUUUUAUUCUGAUAGUAACGUAUUUCCGGUCAGGUUCUACGUUUCUCGGGGAACUGCUUCAACAAAACAGGAUGACCUUCUAUCACUUCGAACCACUUCACUUUAUGUCUGAUGGUACUAGGAUUGUACAUUACCAGCUUCCAGAAGCUUUGAACCAUCUGAGGAACUUGCUGCGAUGUGACUUUCAGAAAGAAGAUGAGUAUUUCAGAUGGAUCAAGCAACCAAGAAAUCAAUUCUUAUUCCAAAGAAAUCAGUUUCUGUGGCAACUCUGUCAUUUGCAGCCGUGGAUCUGUUUUACUCCCUAUUUUGUUAGGUCUGUUUGCAAAAGAGCUCGCACGCACGUGAUGAAACUCACACGAUUGCAAAUGUCACAAGUUGAAAUGUUUUUAAAACAGAACUUAGACUUAAACAUACACGUUCUUUACCUCGUGCGAGAUCCACGCGGCACACUCAGUUCACGGCAAGUCCUGGAUUGGUGUAUGAAUAGUAACUGUUCUAACUACAGAGUACUCUGUACCGAGACUGAAAAAGAUCUGGACGUGUUUUAUCGACUGCAAGCGGACAAUCCUACCAAGUUCACUCUCAUCAGAUACGAAGAUCUUGCUGUUCACCCGCAGGAACAAAGCAUGAUGUUAUUCGAACGUCUGCAACUUCAUUACUCUAGUGCGGUGCCUAAAUUUAUUGCAUCGCACACACGGCGGUCGGAAGCGGACCCUUACUCCACUCACAGGAACUCAUCUGCUGUCGCGUUCGAGUGGCGCCACCGACUCUCGUUUCCUCAAAUAGAGAAUAUCCAAAAGUACUGCUCUGGAGUUCUGAGAACCUUAGGAUAUGAUAUUUUGAAUUCUACCAGCGACAUUGGUGGUUUACCUCCUAUUCUAGAGCAUAACCAUAAAAAGACUUGAUGAUCUUGGUAAUAAGUUAAUACAGAAGUUGUAAAUGUACCCUAUUAUAAUAUUGAUCUGUGAAACAUGUAUAUUUUGAUUCAAGGAUUUUAACUAAACAUAACUCCCUUAAAAGUUUUAAAAGAUAACGAACAUGGAGAUAAAAAAAACACACCAAAGUCUCUGUCUUUCGGGUUAAAAAUUGGCUGUGAAAUUUUGUAAGAAUAGUUGAUGAUCUUAUUCAGAUCUUUUCGUUCUUCUAUGAUUUUUGAACAGAAGACUAGAAUGAAAAAAAGUGAAGGCUGUGUAGGGCGUGGAGGAAAACCCUACAUUCUGAUUGGUCUCAAGUCUUAUAUGAAUAAAACCAAACCUGGUGAAUUAGAUUUUACCCUGAA